AUGGGGGAGUCCCGCAGCGCUCGGCCCCACGGCGUGGCAAAGUGCCUUUUUUUGGGUGGGGAGCCGACGUUUUCCCCACUGACAGCAGCGAGGCUCCGGCCCCCGAGGAGCCCCGAAGAAACACCGACACCGAGCGAAGAACCACCAACACCGAGCGAAGAACCACCAACACCGAGCGAGGAACCACCAACGCCGAGCGAAGAACCCCGGCGACCGCCGACACCGACCAAAACCCCCCGGGGAACAGCAAACGUCACCGAGGGACCCAGCAGACCUCCAAAGAGCGACAGAACCCGACGGAGACUGCCAGGGAUCAGCAAAGAACCGCAAAGAGCUCCGCCAAAACCCACCGAAGAGCUCCGGAGAUCACCGAAACUCACCAAAGAGCCCCAAAGACCGGCAACGCCCGACGGAGAUCUCCAGAGGCCACCGGGAUCAACUGAAGACACCCAAAACCCAACGAAGACCCCCGAAGAUCGCCAAAAACCCAACAAGGACCGCCAAAACUCAUUGAAGACCCCCGAAGAUCGCCAAAAACCCAAAAAGGACCGCCAAAACUCAACGAAGACCCCCGAAGACCGCCGAAAACCCACUGAAGACCCCCCAAAGAUCACCAAAAACCCAACAAGGACCGCCAAAGAUCACCAAAAACCCACCGAAGACCCCCAAAGAUCACCAAAAACCCAACAAGGAUCUCCAAAGACCGCCAAAGACCCCCGAAGACCACCACAACCCAACGAAGACCAGCAGAACCCACCAAAGACCCCCAAAGACCGCCAGAAACCCAAGGAAGACCCCCAGAUACCCAACAAAGACCACCAAAACCCACCAAAGACCCCCAAAGACCGGCAAAAAGCCAACGAAGACCACCAAAACCUACCAAAGAACCCCAAAGACCACCAAAAACCCAACAAAGACUGCGAAAAACCCAACGAAGACCCCCAAAGACCACCAAAAAGCCAACGAAGACCACCAAAACCCACCAAAGACCCCCCAAAGACCACCAAAAACCCAACGAAGACUGCCGAAAACCCAACGAAGACCCCCAGAGACCGCCAAAAACCCAACGAAGACCGCCAAAACCCACCGAAGACCGGCAAAAAGCCAACGAAGACCGCCAAAACCCAACAGUAGACCUCCAAAGAGCAGCAGAACCCACAGAAGACCCCCCCCCAACACACACACACA